AGCCGUCUGGCCGAGACUGUGCAAUUCAGGCAAAAGAUUCGUAGAUACAACGCAUUUGCGUUUAGUGUAGCUUAGGAACAAAGUAAAUACUCAAAUCGGCAACAAUGCAAAGCGUGCUAAAUACAGUAAAAGGCACUGCGCUUAAUGUGGCCGAAUAUUUAACUCCAGUGCUAAAGGAGUCAAAGUUUCGUGAAACUGGCGUUUUGACACCAGAGGAGUUUGUGGCAGCUGGCGAUCAUUUGGUGCAUCAUUGUCCCACUUGGCAGUGGGCGGCGGGGGAUGAGAGCAAAACAAAGCCAUACUUGCCAAAGGAUAAACAAUUUCUGAUAACACGCAAUGUGCCAUGCUAUCGACGUUGCAAGCAAAUGGAGUAUGUGGGCGAGGAGACGCUGGUGGAGGAGGAGUCCGGUGACGGCGGUUGGGUGGAGACACAUCAAUUAAAUGAUGACGGCAGCAAUCAACUGGAUGAGAAAAUAUGCGAAUUAACGCUGGACGAGAGCAAGGACGAAAUGCACACGCCUGACAGCGACAAGUCGUCGGCAGCAGCUGCGCUGGCUAAUGCGCAGGAUGAGGAUGAGGACGAUGACGAGGCCAUUGAUAUGGAUGCAUUUGAGGAGAGCGGCAUGCUGGAGCUGGUGGAUCCCGCUGUUGCAACCACAACGCGCAAACUAGAAGCCGACACGCAGUCGCAGAGUCCAGGAGCAACAGCUGCAGCUGGAGCUGUUGGAAUUGCUGGCGAGUCGGCUACUGGUGGCGACUCCGUGCUGCAUACGCGCACCUACGAUCUGCACAUCACAUACGAUAAAUACUAUCAGACACCUCGGCUAUGGGUUGUCGGCUUCGAUGAGCAGCGCAAGCCGCUGACAGUGGAGCAAAUGUACGAGGAUGUUUCCCAGGAUCAUGCCAAAAAGACUGUCACCAUGGAAUCGCAUCCGCAUUUGCCGGGACCCAACAUGGCAUCGGUGCAUCCCUGUCGUCAUGCUGAUAUUAUGAAGAAGAUCAUUCAAACGGUCGAGGAGGGCGGUGGCCAAUUGGGCGUGCAUUUAUAUCUGAUCAUCUUCUUGAAGUUCGUUCAGACCGUAAUACCAACAAUUGAAUACGACUUUACGCAAAAUUUCAACAUGUCCUAAACGAUGCAGCUGAACCACAUUUGACAGCAAUAUAAUAACAUAAA